GAUCAGAGAGGAGUACCGAUCUUGCGAGUGAACCAUUCUGUGCUUCGUACUCUGUAUGGGGAGGAUGCUGGUGGUGCAGGAUCAGAGAGGAGUACCGAUCUUGCGAGUGAACCAUUCUGUGCUUCGUACUCUGUGACUGGGCAGAUUUGGUAG